AUGUUCAAAUCCAUCAUUUCCAAGCCAGGGGUUUUCACCUCAUUAAGUCAUAAGGUCACUGCUAGAAGCUUAGCUACUGCUGCUAGUAGUGAAGGUCAAAGAUUGAAGAAAUUUCAAAUUUAUAGAUGGAAUCCAGAUACUCCAGAAGUUCAACCAAAGAUGCAAACUUAUGAAAUUGAUUUAAAUCAAUGUGGACCUAUGGUUUUAGAUGCUAUAUUGAAAAUUAAAAAUGAACAAGAUGCCACCUUAACUUUCAGAAGAUCAUGUCGUGAAGGUAUUUGUGGGUCAUGUGCUAUGAAUAUUGGAGGUACUAAUACUUUAGCAUGUUUAUGUCGUAUAGAUACUGAUACUUCUAAAGAUUUAAAAAUUUAUCCAUUACCUCAUAUGUUUGUUGUCCGUGAUUUAGUUCCAGAUUUAACUCAUUUUUACAAACAAUAUAAAUCAAUUCAACCAUAUUUACAAAGAGAUAAUGCUCCAGCUGAUGGUCGUGAAAAUUUACAAAGUAUUGAAGAUAGAGCUAAAUUAGAUGGUUUAUAUGAAUGUAUCUUAUGUGCUUGUUGUUCUACUUCUUGUCCUUCAUACUGGUGGAAUCAACAACAAUAUUUGGGUCCUGCUGUUUUAAUGCAAGCUUAUAGAUGGUUAAUCGAUUCAAGAGAUGAAGCUUCUCAUCAAAGAAAAGAAAUGUUACAAAAUUCAAUGUCUUUAUACAGAUGUCACACCAUUAUGAACUGUGCUAAAACUUGCCCAAAAGGUUUAAAUCCUGGUAAAGCAAUUGCUGAAAUUAAAAAACAAUUGGCUUUUGAAUAA